AACUGUCAACAAGGCCUACGAACAAGUCUCCUUUCGUUUGUACCUAUAUUUUAAAUAUUCUCUCUCUCCUCUCUCUCUCUUCGCCGGACCUUUUCUCAUUAGUCGGCAUAUAUGUAUAUACAUUUAUCAUUAUAUAUAUAUUCAAUAUGGAUAGAUUCUACGUUUGAUUGAUCAAUCUCCAAGUUUUUGUUUGAUGAGAAGAAGAAGAUAUGGGUAUAUUGGAGGCUUCUAUUAUACACCAUGUGGCCAUUGUGUUUCUGGUUUUAUGGUUGCUUUCGUUGUAUAAUUGUUGCGAUUUGGUCAUCUACUUGGCCUCUUUUUUCUAUCUCUAUCUGGUACAUGAUAUAUAUAUGAUGAGAUUACGGAGAAGACUGCAAUUCGAGGAAAGAAAACAGGCUAAUCAAAGACGGGUACUUUCCGACACCGAAACAAUUCGGUGGUUGAACCUUGCAAUUGAAAAGAUUUGGCCAGUUUGUAUGGAGCAGAUUGUUUCGCAGAAAAUUCUCCUCCCAAUUGUACCUUGGUUCUUGCAGAAAUACAAACCAUGGACCGCAAAGGAAGCUGUGGUUCAGACUCUGUACUUAGGUAGAUCUCCACCUAUGUUCACAGAAAUAAGGGCUCUUCGUCAAUCUACCAAUGAUGACCACUUGGUUUUGGAGUUGGGAAUGAAUUUUCACUCUGCAGAUGACAUGAGUGCAAUACUUGCAGUGAAACUAAGGAAAAGAUUGGGUUUCGGGAUGUGGGCAAAGUUACAUUUGACGGGCAUGCACAUUGAAGGGAAGGUCUUGGUUGGGGUGAAGUUCCUUCGUUGUUGGCCUUUCCUUGGCCGUUUGCGAGUAUGCUUUGUUGAGCCACCAUAUUUUCAGAUGACUGUGAAGCCUAUUAUAAAUCAUGGGCUUGAUGUUACGGAACUUCCAGGGAUUGCUGGAUGGGUGGAUAAGAUUCUGGCCCUUGCAUUUGAGCAGACACUCGUUGAGCCCAAUAUGCUGGUUGUUGAUAUGGAGAAAUUCGCUUCACCACAGCCAGAAAAUUGGUUCUCUGUGGAUGAGAAGGAGCCUAUUGCCUAUGGCAUAAUAGAAGUUGUUGAAGGAGCCGACAUGAAGCCAUCAAAUUCGAAUGGAUUGGCUGAUCCAUAUCUGAAAGGCAAACUUGGCCCUUACAGGUUCAGGACUAAAACGCGGAAGAAAACACUGGCUCCAAAAUGGCAUGAAGAAUUCAAGAUCCCCAUUUUUUCAUGGGACUCACCUAAUGUGCUUACCAUUGAAGUUCGUGACAAAGAUCGUUUUGUGGAUGAUGUCCUCGGAGAUUGUUCCAUAAACUUCUGCGAUUUUAAGGAUGGCCAGAGACAUGACAUGUGGUUGUCUCUUCAGAACAUAAAAAUGGGGAGACUGCAUCUUGCAAUAACUGUAGUCGAAGGCAACGGAAAGGCAGAUCAGCUGUGUGACAAUGGAACACCGAACGAUGAAUCUAGAAGAAAUUCCUUCACAAGCGAAGCUGCUCAGAGAGAUUCCUUCUCAUCUGGAUCACCGGAAUGUCCAAAAGUGACAGAUAUAUUUGAACCAAUUGACAUUGAUGGGCAACAAGAGACUGGGAUUUGGGUCCAUCAGCCAGGAAGUGAAGUUACACAAAUUUGGGAGCCUAGAAAACGGAAGAGUAGGCUUCUUGAUACUAAAAUCCAUGGGGAGGAUAGUAGUCCAAUUGAAAGUUUUAGGUCAACGGGAUCUGGAUCCAAUCAGAAUGAAAGCGGCAGCAGCAAUGAUGAAAGUUUGGAGACUAAUAAAGGGCGUCGGAUGAACUCAGUUCGGAAGGGCAUGCAUAAAAUCCGUGCAGCAUUUCACAGGAGUCACAAAAAGGAGGAUAAACCAAAUAGCGUUGUAGAAACGGUUCCAUCCACGGUUCCAUCUCCGGUUCCAUCCCACAGGAGUCACAGAAAGGAGGAUAAAUCGAGUAGCAUUGUAGAGCCGGUUUCAUCAUCUCUAGUUCCAUCUCCAGUGCCAUCUCCACGUGCUGACAUUACAGCAAUCAAUGCAAAGGAGAUUGGACCAGUUCCAUCUCCACAUGUUGACAUUAAGACGAACAAUGCAAAGGAGAUUGGUGCGAAGGACACGACGUAGGGAAACCUUUCUGAAAGCAGAAGGAAUACCUAGUCUUGAGGAAAGUGUCCUGGAGAACCCAAGCAAGGGGCAUGUGAAAGAUAUGGCAAAGAGAAUUCUGAAGCAUCUGGGAAAUAUGCUCGUGGCAUAAAAAAUGAAUUUGUCCAUAGUGGGUCAAGAAUAUCUCAAGUUGAUUCAGGAUCACCUGUGGCAGAGAGGCACUUCUGUUAGAUCUGACCCUUCUUACAAGAAUUUUCUUCCAUCAUCAAUUUAUACCCCUAGAAUUCAAGUGAUUCCAGUUGUCUCCAGUCCUAAAACUAGUUGUAGUAAUGAUUCAUUUAAAUCCAAGGAACAUGAUCAAACGAUGCCUUGUGACCCUGUAGUUAAUAUUGAGGACGCAUCAAAGAAACAGCUCUGAAGGAAAUGGAGAGAGAUUGGUCAAGUAGUCAUCGAAUCCCAAGAAUUCUACGGAGAAUUUAGGAGGUAAAAGAUAGUUUUAUUUAUUUAUUAUUAUCAUAAUUUUUCUUUAAAAGAAAUUUUUGCAGAAAGUAACUGUUAGUGGUUUUACACCAUAAGUUUUCCAUGUGGUGGUGAUUUUGUGAGUAUACUUCUAUUCAUAUCAAUGUAAAUGUAAUCCUGAGAAGUGUCAAACAGCUCUUUUUGUAAAUGUCUGCUGUAAUCUGGAAACUUUUCAGACAUUUAUCAAUAGAAAGGAUUUGGAGUAUUUCCAUAUUUAUCUUGUGUAAUAGAUUAAUCUCAGCGAUGCAGUGGUAGGUUGCUGAGAAGACAGAAGAAGAUAGAUGAGAAUCUGUUAUGUUAGAACAAUUCCUCCAAU